UCAACACUACGCUAACACUUCUUUGAGUUUUUUUAUAAUAAUAAUGCGAUUUAAAAGAUGAAACAGUAUUUAAGUGAUAUUUAGUAGCUUAUUGAAUUUUGCUCCUACUGCUAACGCGUCGCUAAGAAAUAUUCACCAAAAGUCAGUGUUUCGGCUGCCGUUCAUAUAACUACAACCUCGGAUAAAUAUUAAAUUAAGUGUUGCAUGUCAUUCAACAACCAAUUUAAAAUAAAAUAAAUAGUUUUAGUUGUGGAAAACUCCACUCGAAUCGACGAAUCGAACAAUUAAAUCUUAGGGAAAUUACGAAAAGAAAUAUGGCUACUAUCGACAUUCUAAAGAAGCAAGAACAAGCACGCCAAUUGCGGUAUUCACGUUCGAAAUUCCGUCGAAUCAAUUCGUUGGACUUGAUACCCGAAGAUCCUGGACAGGACCCGUUUUCACAAACAUCUGGCCACAAUAAAAAAGUAGUUACGUUGCAUAGAAGCCAAGCUUUGCGUAAACCGUCACGCACAAUAUCGACUACUAUGCGUCAAGUGCUCUUCUUUUGGCCACAACUACUGCUCAACAUAACUUUUGCCAUUAUACGCUUCAUCUUCUUCCUUCCGCUAUCUAUAGCGGCGCCAAGUUUCUGGUUAUCAGCUUUAUUAUGGAUAUUCUGGAAGUUCGUACGCAUUCCUGUUGCACUUGUAAAAUGGAUAUUGAAUGUUGACUCAUUAAUGGAGGUUUCCUCAGAGGGACCGCAACGUCAUAGACGCACAGUUCUGAUAAGUUGUGGCAGUACAAUUCAAACUUUGCAUUUGGCACGUAAUUUUUACGCUUCCGGUUCUCGUGUAGUUGUAUUCGAAUUUGAGGGCCUCUUUGGGCUGGCACGCUUCUCCACCGCCGUCGAUAAAUUCUAUAUUGUACCCAAACCAAGUCCAAAUAACGUGGAUAACUACAUCAGUGCUUUGUGUCAUAUCGUCAGCAAGGAGAAGCCCUCUGUUUAUAUACCAGUUUGCGCAACGAGCCCGGCUUACUACGAUGCGCUUGCUAAACAACAUCUUGAGCUACUCGGUUGUGCUAGUUUUAUACCAGGUUUCACUGAGACUAAAAUAUUGGACGAUUGUCUGGAGUUUUUCAAAAAAUGUACAGCUAACAAUAUUUCGGUGCCACCUUACUCUGAACUCACUUCGCCCAUUGAUCUUCACCAAUUGUACGAGAAUAAUUUUAUCAGCAAUUUUCGAAAUAUAUUAAUGGCUGUCGGUUUUCAAGGUUUAGUCGAACGUUUCAAGUACUUAUUGCCGAAUAAUCGAAUGGAUUUCAAAUUUAAUCAUGAGAUUAGUGAAAAUGACAAAUGGAUUGUAAUACGUGACCUGCCGGGUGAACACUAUAUUACUUGCACAACGGUCAAAGAUUCACGAGUUGUUUCGAAUGUUACGUGCAAAGUUGAACAUGAAACGAAAAAUUUAAUCCCAAUAACUCCAAUUAAUGCUAACGGACCAAAUAUCAUGUCUGACGAAGCACAAAUUGAUAUUUGGCUUAAAACAUUUUUCGCCAAAGUACGCUUUCAACGCAGCAUAAAUGGACAUAUGAGUUUUCGCCUUAUUAAAAACCAAGGUACAACACAAUUUAUACCGUUGGGUGUACGUGUUGGCGUUUCAUUACCCUACAUCUGCUACAAUCGCUCUCAUGCUCAAAUACUCUGCCGCACCAUGAAAUGUAUACAUCGACGACAACUCAGUUUCACAAGUCCUGACGAGGAGUCAGCACUCGGUGCCUUGACGGCCAGCUUCCGCUGGAGCUCUAUAGAGCGUUCCACGCCAACUACCGUAUUAGAUAAGAGAGAAGCUCUAUUUGCAUAUUGGGAUCCAUUGCCAUAUUGUGCUUACUAUCAUUUCCAAUUGCCUCUUAAGUCAGUGAAGAUGUUUUUGCAAAAACGUCAUCGAUCGUCGAAAACUUUAUCGCCACGCAUAACAAUGCCAGUUCAUUGAACGUAGCCGCGUACUAUCGAUAUGUGCACCACGAAGAUCGACUCGCACUGAUAAGCAAUAAAAUUUUGCUUUCACAAGAGUAUGAAAAAUUGAAUUAAGAACGCUGUCCUUGUUUUUAUGUCGAUCAUAGCGACAAUAAGGGUUAAAGCCAUAUUUGCCAUACAAAUUUAAGCCUAAAAGCGUCGCUGUAUGCACAUAGGUUUUAUACCAACCCUAGUUUAUAUUCGAAACAUUUUUGGGCAAAAGAAUUACGAGUAUAUUACAUAGAGCUUUACGGAGAGGGAGCAAAAUGAGAGAGAGAUAAACAGACUGAUGGAAAUAAUUAAUAUACACAUUUUAAUGGUGAUUAUAGUGUCCAAUACAUUACAGGAAAUAUACUCAUUUGUGGUUUACUACGUAUGUAUAUAUAUAUGAACAUACAGGCGAAUAGAAAUUUUACAUUGUUUUGUUUAUUUGAAUAAUAUUUAUUUAUGUUAGAAUUUAAGUAGUAACUUUAAGAGUUUAGUUUCUAAGGAUUGAACAUAUUUGUUUUGUAAGCAUAAUAAACUUCCUUGCAACCAUAUGAA